AUGAUGACCAAGAAGUCGAGGAAUGACCUCCUAAACUUUCUUAAGGCUGUUGGCAAAAGCUACGAAUCAAGAACUUUUCUUGAGAAGGACAAUGAAUUCUCAUCAGUAGUUAGUGAUUUGGUGUUUGAACUGGGCAAAUCUCACAUCUCUUCGAAUGUUUAUCCACUUACAGACGAGUAUGAAUAUACCAACUUCGCAAACAGCUUGGAAAAGUUCCUGAUAUCUUAUGGUUGCCCAUAUUCAGUGCUAACAGAAGGACCUAUUUCUGACCGCUUUUCUUCUGUUAAUAAUCGUAGUUUGCUUUUACAAUAUCUAUGUUCAGAGAUAAUGGCUGUUAGACAAUUAUCUACAAUGAAGUCUGUUGGUAAACAAAGUGACGAACAUCAUUUCAUGGAUGUGGACAGUUCGGAGGAUAAAGUAGAAAUUCUAUCCUGUUUGCAGAAAGCGUUUAAAGCUCUUAGCUUAAAAGUGCCUCCUGAUGACUCAGCACCUACUGUUAUAUAUUCUUGUCUUCAAAAAGGUAUAUCCGAUAGUCUUUCAAGAUGCCCACCCAAUCAUAUGGGGAAAUCAAUUAUCCCACUGACUGGUAUCAGUGAUCGCCAAUGGUCACAGAUAAUGCGUAUCGCCGCAUUGCUACAACAACAAUAUUCCAGUCGCCAAGCUACUCUUUUAAAACGUUUAGAUGUUACUGUACAAAGUUUUAAAUGGUCAGAUAAAGCGAAAUGUAGUUUGGAUAAAAUCACUACUGUAUAUAAUCCUAUCCGUGAGAGAAUGGGUCUAAUUCCAUAUCCUGGCAUUCCUAAUGUCUUAGCUGUACGUGACAACAUGAUAUUGCAAAUUGAAAAGACAAGUGGUACAAGUGCACGUCGUUAUACAUCAUGUGAAUUGAACAAAAUUUUAAUUGGUAAAGUAAGUGUAGUUUUUGGCAAUUAA